AUGUCGCACAGCAACCCUGAGCAGUUGGCUUCAACUGCCAUGCAAAGUCCUCGAAGCCGACUGCUUGAGCUUCCGAACGAGACUCUCCAGAAUAUUACAUCCUACCUCUCCAGAGAUUGUGAUCUUCUCCAUCUCUCCCAAUCCUGCAAAGAGAUGUGGAACAAGGUCUUCGGAUCGGAGUCCGCCAUCUGGAGAGAUCACUUUGGUAAACAAUACGACAUUCCACCGGGAAGAACUUCUAAGGAGUUGAAGAUCGAAUACCAGAUCCGCGGGCUUGUGCUGAGGGCUCCGAUCCAAUUCAAAGAGAAGGAAGAUGAACGGCAAUACCUCUGGAUGGAGGUCAUGCAAACUAUGUUCGAAGAGGCUCUGACACUAUCCACCGCUCCUGGAGACACCUCACAGACCUUGCAACGGAUACAUGAGACCCUCCAAAGGGUGAAUUUCCUAUGCGAAUUUCAGAACCACCAAACUCCCUCGCCACUCUUUUGUGGUCUCCAGCUGUGCCUAAGCUCAUUCGCUCUCAAGUCAGACCUCACCCUACCGUGUCGUCGAACCGACUACAACCUGCGAGCUGUUUACUCAUACGGAGACAAGGUGGGUGAGCCAUUCAUCGAUCACGAGAACAUUGACCUCGACAGACUGCUGGAAAUUCGCCAUUUCUGGCAGCGUCACGUCUUGCACCCUGUCGAGCUGUCCUUCCAAGAGUCCUUCUCUGAGCUCCCUGAAGAUGUGAAGCCCAAAUUGCGAAAGGAGAUCCCAACCGAAGCAUCCAAAUUAAGCUCAUCGUGGCUAGGAUACUACUCGUGCAUUCAUCCUGUGGCAGACCUGCUGAGGAACGGCGACCGCCAGACAUGCGCUGAUAUCGAGAUACACGGCGAUAUAAUCGACCCAAUGGCCCUUGACCUGAAACCCUCCGAACAUCUCUGGCCCCGGCAAUGCAAGAAGAUCAUCCCCCUCGCCGGUGGUCCCGAUACCAAGCGAACAUAUUUUGAGGGCAAGCAGAGACCCUAUAGCAGCCCUGAUGUGGUAGGAAACCCUGUGUUUGGGUUUACCGAAGAGAUUGCUGGUCAACAUGGUGGCUUUGGGGGAUGGAUGCGGAUCUGUUUUGUCAUCGUCGAAGGGAUUGAGGAUGACGAGGAUUAUGAGGAUGAUGAGGACGAUGAGGAAAAGACUCCCUCUCUCCUGAUGGAGGACGAGGGGUGGAUCCAUGGCUAUGAGGCUGUUAUCAUCCCUGGUGGGCGCAUGAUGCUGGGACGCUGGUUGGAUAUGAAGGCAACAGAUGCCAGGGGCCCAUUUAUCUUCUGGGAUGUGUGA